AUGAUAGCUACAAGUACAAUCAAUCCUUCAGAACAGGAUACCAUGACCUGGUUUGCUCACAUGCUGAAAAACUGGAUUGGUUUUGCUUACCUGAAAGAAUAUCUGGGCUUCAUGUUUCAGCCUUUUUGGUUAUUAGUACUGAUUCUUUUGCUUUAUGCGCUACCCAUAGUUUUUUGUUCUUUUCUAUGUGUUUUAUCACUUCUGCUCUAUGUUUAUAAGAUAAAGAAUAAUAUUACAGAAGAUCCUUCUAGCAAAGUAUGGGACAAUGUAAGACAUCUUUUUCUUUCGGUUGUGCAUACAUAUGGGAGGAUAUUGUAUGGUCAUGAGAUUAUUGGCAUGGAAAAUAUACCAGAAGGACCAGGGAUAAUUAUUUUUUACCAUGGAUAUACGGAUUCAGACUAUUUCUUCCUUUUAGCAAGACUGUAUUUAGAAAGAGGAAGACUAUGUCGUACUGUGACUGAUUAUCACAUUUAUCUAAUACCAGGCAUGAAACAACUUCUUAAUCUGUUUCAUUGUACAUGUGGCAGCAAAGAUGAAUGUGUGGAAAUUCUGAAGCAAGGUGAUUUAUUGGCGAUUGCACCUGGUGGAGGCAGAGAAGCAAUCUUUAGUGAGAACUAUGAGCUGCUAUGGGGUAACCGUAAAGGAUUUGCAGAUGUGGCUUUAAAAGCCAAAGUGCCCCUCAUUCCAAUGUUCACACAAAACAUUAAUGAAUCAUUCAGGACCUAUGGAAAAACACGGCUGAUAAGAUGGCUUUAUGACAACUAUGCACGAUUCAUAUUCCUUCCCCUAUAUGGAGGAUUCCCAGUGAAAUUGCGCACAUAUAUUGGAGAACCCAUCCCAUAUGAUCCAAAUACAACUGUUGAGGAGCUGGCUGCAAAAACAAAGCUUGCAGUUGAAAAUCUUCGAGACAGAUGCCAAAAAAGACCAGGGAGUAUAAUAAGAGCUCUACUGGAACGAUUUGAUAAACACCACAAAGAUGACUAA